AUGAGACGGAUAGGUGAAGUCGCAUACCAGUUAGCGUUGCCUCCUUCACUAUCCGGGCUGCAUGACGUUUUCCAUGUGUCUCAGUUACGGAAGUUUGUGCCGGAUUCAUUUCAUCCUAUCCUAUCGAAUACAAUUGAAGUUGAACCAGAUCUUUCUUUUCAACCGAAACCUUGUCGUAUCUUGGAGUAUGCUAGCAAGUCGUUGAGAAGCAAAGAGAUACCUCUUGUGAAGGUGUUGUGGGAAGAGUCGCGUCCUGACGAAGCAACUUGGGAGCUCAAGUCAGAGAUGCGGGAGUUGUAUCCUCACUUAUUCUGUGAUGGGGUCGGACGCCAUUUAGGCAAUGUCACGGCUGUAACUCAUCUCGGAUGA